CCGACGAUAAGCAUAUAUAUUAGAGGUGCCGAUUCUAUUGAAUGGCAAAAACGCGCGAGAAGACUCCCAUCAACUUUGCUGCCAGCUAACAUACCAGAUAGCAGUUAAGCAUUGCCUGGAAACAGCAGGAAAAUGAAGUCACUAUUUAUCUUGAUCUUUGUGGUUACGAUCUCCAUUGCGAAAGCGCAAACCAAUUAUGCAGCAAAACCAGGCUCAUGUCCACCUGCCUUACCUGUACAGUUUUGCGGACGUUCUUGCUACGUUGACUUACAUUGUGCAGGAGUCGGCAAGUGUUGUCCAACUCAAUGUGGCGGUGCUAUUUGCUCCCUGCCCGUCACGACGACGCGAUCUGGCCCGACAGAGAAACCAGGAUCUUGUCCUUCAAAACCCACGGGAAGAUGGGUGUGUUCAUCGACUUGCAAUGGCGACAACGAUUGCAGAGGAAACUUAAAAUGUUGCAAGAACAGAUGUGGUGCACUAGCUUGUCAAAAACCGGACAUCGAAGUACUUGAAUCCAGCGAACCUCCUGCAGUUCAACCGGUUGCUCCGCGCUUCGGAAAUGAUUAUAAUGAUUAUUAAGAAAUUUGUUCGAUCAGACAUCUCAUCUCUCUAUUACAUUCAUAAUCUAUUACAACUGACAUUAAGUAUAACUAUGAGAGUAUUUUAUUUUUAUUUGUAAUCGUUUAGAAUAAUGACAUAUAAUAUUCUUCUUUCCUCUCUCAUAUUUAUUUCAGGAAGAGAAUACAGAAUUGUAAAACUAACAUCUAAAUUUAUAUUGAUGAGUAACAUUUACGUGUGUUCUACCACUGUUAAAAAAGUGUACAUCGUUAAUUUUUUUUCUACAAUGCCGCACAUAGCAAUUAUUGUAAUGAGGAAGUACAAUUUCCAUACGUUCGUAUCACGAUUCGAUUUCCCACAAUUGUAUUUUUACUGCGAAAAGAUUUGCAAUCUUAUUGCGAUCAUUAAAUUGUCGUUUAGUCAGGCAAUUUUUACACAGAUAUUUAUAAGAACAUUUUCUUAAUCUGAAUUAUUUUGCAAAAAAUAAAUUCAUUAUAUUAUAUUGAUCGAAUACAUUAAUAUAAGUAAGAUAAAUAUAAAAAUUUACUUUAUAUAAUAAAUUUAUAUCUUUUUGUGAAUUUAGAAAGAGAGACAAUUUCAUAAAUUUGUGCCCAGCUUCCAGACUUUAAGAGAAUCUAAACCAAGGUCAUGCCAGCAUCAAGAAAAACAUUCUUAAUAGUGAGAGAAGAUUUACUGAUACGCUAAUGAGAUUAGCUUCAGGACUCUUGGGAAUGUCAAGGUGCUCUUGACAUAGAGAUACGUGUCGACAUUUUAUUACUUCUUAUAUGUAAUGUUCUUAGCUUCUCUUUCUCUCCCUCUUUUUCAAUUUUAUUAUCAUAUUAAUUAUCAUGAUAUGAAUGUCAUAAUCAUGCCAAUUGUGUAAAAUACAAUUUAUAUUAAUUAUAAGUUUUUCAUAUGUCUGCAUAUAUUUUCGAGACAUAAUCUAUAACAUGUAUAUGUAUACAUAUAUGCAUAUGUAAUAUAUUGAGCGUGCAUAGAUAUGUGUGUUAUGUGUACAUACCGUACUAAUAGUUUACUAAAGAUUAAUUUACAACAGUCAAUUUUUAGCCUAACAAAGAUAAUAAAGAAUAAAGAAAUAAAGAAACAAAUAAAA